CGGCUGCAGGGGACGGUGCAACCACCUGAGCUGACCAAGGCUGGAGAGUUCACCUUAGGUGGCAUCUUCACCUUUCGCACUGGCUACAGAGGCAGUGUGCCCACAUUUCAAACCUUACCCCAUCCUCCAAAGUGCCUGAACAUCAAUGUAAGAGAAUUCAAAUUUGCCCAGACCAUGAUCUUUGCAAUCGAGGAAAUAAAUAAAAAUCCUGCAAUUCUCCCAAACCACACACUGGGCUACAAGAUAUAUAAUUCCUGUGGAAUGACAAACAUCAUCAAGGCUGCUAUAGAUUUAGCCAGCGGGAACAGAGAGGUCAUAGACGAGAGGAACUGCACAAAGGCUGACACUGCCCUGGUUGUACUGGGCCACUCGGGCUCUGCACCCACCAUGGGAUUUGCCCGGGUUAUAGGACGAUUUCAGAUACCAGUGAUAAGCCACUUUGCAACCUGUGAAUGUCUGAGCAACAGACAGGAGUUUCCAUCCUUCUUCCGAACCAUUCCCAGUGACGUCCACCAGAGCCGAGCCUUAGCGAAGCUGGUCAGGCUCUUCGGCUGGACCUGGGUGGGGGCGAUAAGUAAUAAAAAUGACUACGGCAUCAACGGAAUCUCUUCUUUCAUUCAAGCUGCGCAAGAAGAGGGUGUGUGCGUAGAGUAUUACCAGGCCUUUGAGCAGACGGGUCCUCUCCGCGAGUUGAGGAAAGUGGUUGAAACUGUGAAGGACUCCACCUCCAAAGUCAUCGUGGCCUUCAUGUCGCACAGAGAGGUUAAAGUGUUGGCAGCAGAGUUGUACAGACAGAACAUCACAGGGCUGCAGUUUGUAGGCAGCGACGCCUGGAUCACAGAUCACUCUCUGACCGACAGCAAGGGGCACAGCAUCCUGGUGGGCUCACUGGGCUUUGUCGUCAGCCGAGCCCGGAUCCCAGGGCUGGAGGAGCACCUGCGGCGGCUCCGCCCCUCACAGUUCCCCGACAGUGGGUUUGUCAGGGACUUCUGGGAAGAGACGUUUGACUGCUCUCUGGGCGACGACACAAACACACAAAGAAAGACGUGCAGCGGAUCGGAGAGCCUGCAUAGUGUUGAAACAUAUUUUACAGAUGUCUCAGAGCUGAGAUUCACAAACAAUGUGUACAAGUCGGUUUAUGCAGCUGCUCAUGCUCUGCAUAACUUGGUCACAUGUGAAGGGAAGAUGGGCCCUUUCUAUGAUGGGAGCUGUGCUGAUAACAGACACAUUGAACCAUGGCAGGUGCUGCAUCAUUUACAGAAUAUCAACUUCACAACAAGACAAGGGGAGAGAGUGACCUUCGACCAGAAUGGAGAUUCACCAGCGAGAUAUGAACUCAUAAAUUUGCAGCGUGUCACUUCAGGCACCGCGCACGUUUCCACUGUCGGUGUUUUCGACGCCACUCUGCCCGACGAGCGUCAGUUUGUCAUGAACGGCGUGAAGAUAGUUUGGGGUGGAGGAAGUUACACGGUGCCUGUGUCCGUGUGCAGUGAGAGCUGUCCCCCUGGAAAACGCAAAGCCCUGCAGAAAGGAAAACCUGUUUGCUGUUAUGACUGUGUACUGUGCGCUGAAGGAGAAAUCAGCCAAGUCAAAGACUCUGUGGACUGCUUCAAAUGUCCCAUUGAUUACUGGCCGAACACCAGAGGAGACACUUGCAUCUUGAAGGAAAUUGAAUUUCUGUCCUAUGCAGAGUUCAUGGGGAUUAUUUUAACAUUCCUUUGCCUGCUGGGAGCAGUUCUGACCGCUGUGAUAGCACUGGUUUUCUAUCACUUCCGGGAAACUCCCCUUGUUAAAGCCAACAACUCCGAGCUGAGCUUCCUGCUGCUCUUCUCCCUGACUCUGUGCUUCCUGUGCUCCCUCACCUUCAUCGGCCGGCCCUCUGAGUGGUCCUGCAUGCUGCGACACACUGCGUUCGGCAUCACCUUCGUCCUCUGCAUCUCUUGUGUCCUCGGGAAAACUAUAGUCGUGUUAAUGGCCUUCAGGGCGACACUACCAGGCAGAAAUAUGAUGAAAUGGUUUGGGCCUGCACAGCAGAGAAUCAGCGUUCUGGCGUUCACUCUCAUUCAGGUUGUGAUUUGCAUUCUUUGGCUGACCAUCAAUCCUCCUUUUCCGUUCAAAAACUUGAACCACUAUCAGGAGAAGAUUAUACUUGAGUGUGCGCUGGGAUCAGCUGUCGGCUUCUGGGCUGUGUUAGGAUACAUUGGACUCUUAGCCAUGUUGUGUUUUGUUCUUGCUUUUUUUGCUCGAAAGCUUCCUGAUAAUUUCAACGAGGCUAAAUUGAUCACGUUCAGCAUGUUGAUAUUCUGUGCAGUCUGGAUCACAUUUAUCCCGGCUUAUGUCAGCUCUCCUGGGAAGUUCACUGUGGCUGUGGAGAUAUUUGCUAUUCUGGCUUCCAGUUAUGGACUUCUUUUCUGUAUAUUUAUACCAAAAUGUUAUGUUAUUUUACUGAGACCAGAACAAAAUACCAAAAAGCACAUGAUGGGAAAAAUAGAAGAUAUCCAAUAUUGA